AUGCAGGACGCCUGGACUGCUCGCAAAGCUGAGGAGAUCCAAGGCUACGCGGACCGCAACGAAUGGAAGAACUUCUUCUCUGCGAUCAAAGCUGUCUACGGUCCGCCGACGAAGGGCACUGCUCCUCUCCUCAGCGGCGACGGCAGCAUCCUCCUGACUGAGAAGGCGCAAAUCCUACAGCGAUGGGCCGAGCACUUCCGAGGCGUCCUCAACCGCCCUUCCGUCAUCUCCGACGCCGCCAUCGCCCGCUUGCCGCAAGUGGCGACCAACGUGGACCUCGACCUCCCGCCAUCUCUCCAGGAAACUAUCAGGGCCGUGCAGAAGGAGGUCCCCUACUGA